AUGUCUCACAAAACCCAAGAGCCCGUCAUCACCAAAACCUCGGACCUCCCAGUCGAUGAGGCCAGGUGGAUAACCCUCAAGAAGAUCGAAUAUGUCGACCAAGUCGGCAAAGCCCGAACCUGGGAGGUAGCCACGAGAAAGACCAGAGGCAAAGCUGGCGUGGACGCUGUCGCAAUGGGGAACAUUCUCCUGCAUCCCUCCAAGCCCGCCUCCACCAUGCUCGUCAUCCAGUACCGCCCUCCUCUGGAUGCAUACACCAUUGAAUGGCCAGCCGGUCUCAUAGACGCCGAGGAGACACCCGAGCAAGCCGCGGUGCGUGAGUUCAAGGAAGAGACGGGCUACAACUGCAAGGUUCUCAGUGUCAGCCCUGUUCAAUCUGCGGAUCCCGGAAUGUCCAACGCCAACAUGCAGCUCGUCAUGGUCGAAGUUCAACUCAACGAGGAUGAAGAGGAGCCAGAGCAGCGAUUAGAAGAUGGAGAGCAUAUCCAGCGAGUAGUUGUGCCUCUUUCUGAGCUGUACGAUCGCCUGGUCCAGUACUCGAAACAGGAGCGGACUGUGGUUGCUGCAAAGCUGUUUCACUUUGCUGCCGGCAUGCACUUUGCCCAGACGCAAAAGUACUUCUAA